UUGAUUGGCUCUUACCUGUUGGUUGUUUCAAGAUGGCAGCUGUUUUUGUUACUUCGCUUUUAAAGUGAAGGAAUCACACCUUAUUAUUACUGUCUUAUUGCAUUGGUUGGUAACCUAAAUUAUGGACCUAUUGGUUGCCUAUGAAAGUGAUUCAGAUGAUGAUAAUUAGCAGUUAUCCAUUCAACAGGGCAGAUGACACUGAUCAGCAGCCUCCACCAAAGAAAUGUGAAAACUGCUCGAUUGUAGAACCAGAAUGCGCAAGUGUUUACCAAAAUGAAGCUUCCUCGAGGACAAAACAUGUAGAAUAUCUGCAGGAGUCUAGUGGAAUGAGUUUCUUCGGAUUAGAUAAGACUGAUGAAAUGGAAAAGCAAACAUUUAAAGAAGUAAUGAAGAUACUGACAGCAUCUCUCAGCCAAAAUUUGUCCAAAUUCUAGGGCAGAAUUGUCAGGUACCUGAGGGUAGCUUUUGGAAAAACAUCUCUGAAUCAGAUAUUGUUAAUACAUGUAUAAAUAGAGAGCCAGAUUAUCGUAAAAGAAAAUCUGAUACCCCUUGGGUUCAGUUUGAACCUCAGAUCAAAAUGGACAGUGCCGUUAUUCUGUAUGUCUAAACAGCUGGAUACAGGUGACUGUAGAGAGUAUUAGCCAUGAUAUCUCCAGUUCCAGUGAUAGCCAUGGAAUGUCCAGAUUAGAAGGAGAGCUCCAGAAAACAGUUAAUGUGAAGGUAUAUGCAGUCCACCCCAAAAUUGCACCCUCACUUAAACUCUCAUCAGGCUAACAGAUGUCCAACAAAAGAAGUUCACCAGUGGGCAGGACAUUCAGGGGUUAUUAACAGACUAGCCUGGUGCAGUGCAGCCCCUUAUAGUCAUCUCUUGCUCUCUGCAUCAAUGGACACUACUGUGAGAGUUUGGAAUGCAUGGGCACAGUACCAACAAUGUGUUCGCACACUGCGAACUCAUACCAAGGCUGUUCGGGAUGCACAGUGGAGUGAAGAUGGGCAACAAAUCCUUAGCAGUAGCUACGACAGAACGGCCGCUAUCACUGAUGUUCAGACAGGUCAAUGCUGCACAGUUCUGGAUCAUCCAAACUUUGUGAGUUGUGGAAAGUUUCAUCCUGUCAUGCCUUACAUAGUUGCCACAGGAACAAACGAAUCUAUUCAGGUGUGGGACAUCCGAAGUCCAGAAGUUCCUUGCAGAACAUUUACUUACAAAGAGCAUCUUGGCCAGGUCCAGGAUUUGAUGUUUUCCCAUGAUGGUCAGGAGCUGUUCUCGUGUUCAGAAGUGGUAUCGCGUGACUCUUCCGAUCGAAGUAUUAUGGCCUGGGACUUUAAGACAGGUGUAACUCUUUCCAACCAGAUUUUUCAGGAGAGAUAUACAGUGACACGCUUGUGUUUGCACCCAAAACUCAAUCAAUUUAUAGCACAGACUCAAGGGAGCUAUGCAGCUAUUUUUUCCACCGAGCGACCAUAUAAAAUGAACAAAAAUACGCGUUUCGAAGGACAUAAGACAGCAGGGUACAACAUUGGUCUGUCAGUGUCACGUGAUGGAAAUCUGGUCUACACUGGCUGUGCAGAGGGAAAACUCCAUUGCUAUAAUUUUCACAAUGCCAGGAAGAUUCGAACUUUUGACUGCAGAAGUGAUGUGGUUAUGGAUGCUGUCUGUCAUCCGGUUCUGCCCUCAGCAGUAGCUUGUGCAACAUGGAGUGGAAACUUACACGUGUUCCAGUAAUUUGAAAAUAAAACCCAGGAUAUUUUUCAGAUAUUUAAGCUGAAACUCAUUGGGGUCAAGGUACCUUUGAAGUGCACCUGUUUUUGUCUGUGAUGGCAUGUGUGAAAGGGGUUAGAAACAUGGGUGUGUGCUUAUAAGCGGCAACAUGAUUUUCUGUGUAAAGCUGCAU